AUGAAAGAUAAACUACUCUCAGGGGAGCCUGCUUUCGGUGUCUCAGUCAUGUUCCCUUCGCCGCACAUCGUUGACAUCGUCGGCAGGCUGGGCUUCGACUGGAUACUCAUUGACUGCGAACACGGUUCCAUUUCCCUCGAAAGCGUCGAGCUCAUGGUCAUGGCAGCAGAAACGGCUGGCGUGACUCCAAUCGCCAGGCCAUCUGCAAACUCAUUUGAGUUAAUCGGGCAGCUCAUGGAUAGGGGCGUAAUGGGUGUUCAGGUUCCUCACGUAAACACCGCGGAAGAUGCCCAAAGAGCAGUUGAAGCGGUUAAGUAUCAUCCGAUUGGCGAUCGCGGACUUGCCGCAGGAGUCAGGUCUGCGUCCUAUGGGUACGGCCUGUCCAUGUCCGAAUACGCAGAACAGUCAAAUAGAGAAACUCUAGUCUGUGUCCAAUUGGAAGAGGGAGAGGCGGUCAAGAACGUAGAUCAGAUUGUGGGCGUAGAAGGUGUGGAUGUGUUCUUUGUUGGCCCGUCAGACCUGUCUCAGUCCCUUGGUUAUCCGGGACGCCCUGACGCCCCUGAAGUGCGGGAGGCGAUGGAUACCGUGUUUGCUACAAUCGCGGCGACUGGGCGAGUUUCUGGUUCUGCGGGCAACUCCGAUGCCACACGACGAUACCUCGCCCAAGGCGUCACUUACCUAUAUACGCACCUUACAACGCUGCUUGGAUCUGCUGCCGGGACGUUUCUUGGUGAAGUAAAUCGCUAA